AUGGAAUCCGAGCGGCAUCCGCCGUCAUCAUCAUCAUCACCAUCAUCAUCGCUGUUGUCACCUCAUCAUGACUUUUCAAGUCUGGUCUCGUGGCCACAUCAUUGGCAGCCGGAAUCGUUUGAAAUAACAACAAACAAUAGUUCAACUAUAGCUUUAGAAAUGACUCAAGUUGUGCCUGAGCACGUGGCUCGUGCUAAAAUUGCUAAUGGAAAUAAUAAUACUCGAAAAGAGAAUAGUGCUAUACAAAAAACUCGAUCACAACGUUCAAAUUCAGCUACAUUAAGUGCGAUAUCCGUUACAUGUGAUACUGAUUCGUCGUCGUCUCGACCACGCAAGACUUCUCGCCCUACACAAUCGACAACAAAAAAAUCUUCAGUGGUCUUUACGACAACAAAUAAUCUAGCUACAUCUCAUUCCGCAUCUGCAUUAUCGAACGUUUCUAUAAUGCCUCCGAGUUCAUUAGACAAUCAUCAGCCACGUAAAACAUCAACGGCAACGGCAUGUGAAAUAAAUAUUAUAAAUGAAAAAGCAAAUAUAGUUUCAUCAGCCUCCGCUAUGUCAAUACCAAAUAAACAUUUUAUUACAACGACAAGUAGUGCUAACGGAGAAGCACUACCAGCCGCUAACGUUCUAUCUAUUAAACAUAAAUCAACAUCAUUCGAUGAUCAUCGAUCAACACGUGGAAUCGGAAGGAGUGUUCUCGAACAUCUUGUCUUUGUUUUUCCGGAAAAUGUUCGACGAAUAUUAUCAGGACCAAAAAAUCUAACCGUGCGCUCCGACGAAGGCCGCCAACCUGUUGAACCCAUUGAUUUAGCAGAACCACCGUCACUCGACGAAGUCAAAAGUUGGUCGGAUUCAUUUGACAAGUUAAUGAUGUGUCACGCUGGCCGUCAUUAUUUCCGAGAAUUCCUUCGAUCAGAAUAUAGUGAAGAGAACUUUCUAUUUUGGAUGUCUUGCGAAUCUCUAAAAAAUGAACAGAAUCCUGAUAUUAUAGAAGAAAAAGCAAGAUUAAUCUAUGAAGAUUAUAUAUCCAUAUUAUCUCCCAAAGAGGUAAGUUUGGAUAGUCGUGUGCGCGAAGUAAUUAAUAAAAAUAUGGUUGAACCAUCUCCGCAUACAUUCGAUGAAGCCCAAUUACAAAUUUAUACACUAAUGCAUCGAGAUUCUUAUCCACGUUUUAUCAAUUCACAUAUGUACCGGCGAUUAUUGCAGAACGAAGAUAUUAAAACUUGA